CAAUGAGGGGUACGAGGAACCUUGAAAGCAGCAUUAUUUCCUGUUCAAAGGAUAUAUCGUCAGUACUAGUCAGAGGCAGUUUAAUGUAUUUUCUGCUCAGGUAUUUGCUUGACACACUGUUUGAAACUUGUUUCCUGAGCUAUGACACACUAGAAGGCGUUACAGCAAUGUUUUGGGAAUAUUUCGACACGGCUGGACGACUCGGAAAUUUAGCGGGCUCUACGAGCGAGUGAGAGACAUGGACAACUCUGUCACCCUGUGGCAGUUCCUUCUCCAGCUCCUUUUGGAUUCCAGUAAUGAACAGCUGAUCUGCUGGACCAAUGAGGAAGGGGAGUUCAAACUGCUGCAGGCAGAGGAGGUGGCCCGGCUGUGGGGAGCCCGCAAGAACAAGCCCAAUAUGAACUAUGACAAACUCAGCAGGGCUCUCAGAUACUACUAUGACAAGAACAUCAUAAAGAAGGUGAACGGUCAGAAGUUUGUCUAUCGCUUUGUGUCCUACCCUGACAUCCUUAAAGGAGAUGUUGCCACCCGAACAGAGGGCGCAGAUGUGGGUACUGGGGGCAUCCCUGCCCUAACAAGAAGGGGGGACAGCACCCUACAGGAGGUCGAAUCUGGUGACCGCAGCAAGGUAGGAGGUAGUACAGGUGCUCUGAUCUCCAGCACCAAGCAGUCAAACCGUAAUGACUACAUCCACUCUGGCUUGUACACUUCCUUUACCCUCAACUCACUGCAAAAUGGACGCCAGCUCUUCAAGUCCAUUAAAAUAGAGAACCCAGCAGAGAAGAUGGCUGAUAAAAGGGGUCUCUCUGCUGCAACUCAGAGCCAGGAGCCUCAACCACCACAGUCAGCUGUGUUACCAUCCGUCAUCAAGUUUGGAAACACCCCUCCAAAGCCAGCACUGCCUCCUCAGGUUGCUGUAGACGCAACAAUCAUGUCCAAUCACUUGGACCCUCUGCAGGCUCCACCCCAGAGAACGGAAGACAUCAGCACACACUCCACCCUGCCGUCCCAGCACAUCUACUCAUUUGAACACAUCCGCCCAUCAGAAUCACAGUUCAGCCUACCGGACCUGACCUCGGCCAGCCCGUCCCCAAGCUUAGUGCCAGACUCCUCCCAGGAGCUGGUGAUCGACAGCGACAUGGAGUCCGGAUCCUCUCAGCCCGCCGAUGCUCAGGCACUAGAGCCCACAGAUGCUCAGGCAGAGAAGGUGGAAAGUGGCAGUGGUUUGUCUGGAGAUGAGACCAUUGUGGUGGACGCUGAAACCAGUUCAUCAUCAGUGAGCAGCAGCAGCACCACAGUCUGCACUCAGAGCUCAGGAAAGGCACGCAAGCCACCGAAAAUCCUGCAGAUCAGCCCGCCAACUCUGCUGGUCACUACCUCUGACUUCUCACCCAUGAAUCUCUGCAGCCCCUCUCUACCUACUGCCUCUCUCACACCAGCAAUGCUACAGACUCCCACUCUGUUGCUGACUCCCAGUCCCCUACUGUCCAACAUCCACUUCUGGAGCACGCUCAGUCCGGUUGCUCCACUCAGCCCCGCCACACGACGCCAGGGAGCCCACCUGUUCCAAUUCCCAUCAGUCCUCCCCCCACAGUUCCAGAUCCCCAUACACAGUAUGGAUGGGACCAACACACCUGGCCCCAUUUCUCCAGACCCUCAGAAGACAUAGGAUUAACCCCCUGCACUUCCUCACUGCAUUAGGACCCAGACAGCCAGACACUGACCCCCCCCUCCAGCCCCAGCUCCAUCUCCUGCCCCUACAUCCAGGACUAUGAUGUGGGAGCUGAGGCACUGCCAUUCCUCAUCACUCUGGUGCUUUAAAGUCCUCUGCCACACAAGUCACACUACAGUCAGAUGUGUGGAGGGAUGUGGAGAGAUGCUGGCAGUCCAGGUUUGAUGGAGGUUUGUCUCAUAGCAUGUACACCCUGAGGAUGCUAUCGUAUACUCACACACACAGAUGCCAUCGGUCCUUACACACUUAUGGAUUCACUUCGUCUGGCUUGUCUGGAUCCUCAGUCACAACAAUAAAGAGGGAGGAAUUUCCAUGGCAACCAUUGGUGCAUGUGGAUUGGACUCUGAGCAGCCAUAAUCUGCUUCAUAUUUGGACACAGACCAGUGGAAUUGCAGAUAGCUGAAUCUUUCUUUUUAUAGAAUUUCCUUCUGAUCUUGUGCAACAGUGUUAUUGCCAAAAAGACACAUUUUCUGUUAUCAAUUCCUGUUUUUCUCCUCUGCUGACAAUGAUUGUUUCUUUUUGUGCUCUCUUCUUCACCUUUUACUCUUAUCGAAGGGUAGUGCUUUAACCUGAUAACCUGCAUGUUACCUACAAGUCUCUUAUCUUUCACCUAGCUUUGAACCUCGCCUCACCUGCCUGAGUGUGCACUGUUUGCUGCUCUGAAAAGUUGGCUUACUGUAGCCAUAUCCAAUAGGACUUCUUCUACCUAAACUGUCUUAUCGUGACACGUGGCCAUAAUCCGAGCUGAACCUUGAAUCAUGCCUCCGUGUUAAUAGUUUUAAUGUAAAUACAGUAGGAUAGCCCUGAAAGCCAGUGUGUUCUGGUCCGUGUGCAGCCAGUCAGCUUUCAGGUGUGAAUGAAAGAAAGUGAAGCCAUAAACCCUUUCUGUGCAUCGACCCUGCAAGCAACAUCACACAAAGUGUGGAUUUCCAGCUGCUCUGAUGUUGCCUUUUAUAACUCUGCAUUGUUGAAGGCAGCCAGACUCCAAGCAUCAUGUCUGACACAUUUAUUUUAGUGUUUCAAUUCAAAGUUGUAGAGAAAUGGUUCAUUUUCAGGUGCUGUAAUCAACUUAAAGGAGUAAUUUGACAUCAUGGGAAAUAUGCUUAUCUGCUGUCUUGCUAAGAAUUAGAUGAGAAGAUCGCUGAUAUCUGUAUGGUACAUAUAUAGCUGGAGCCAGCAGAUGAUUAGCAAACAGCUGGCCUGACUCUGUCCAGCACCUCUAUAACUCACUAAUUAACCGUUACAUCUUGUUUGUUUCAUUCGUACAAAAAAGUGUACAAGCAACAUGUGGUUUUACAGAGGGUUAUGUCCCAAACUAUUUCUUUGCUGGCAGCAGUGACUUCCUUUCUCUGCUGGUUGCCUGGCAACUGCUGGCCAGGAGCACAUAACCCCCUUGUAAAACCACAAUUUGUCCUUUUUACACUUAACAAGAUGUAACAUAUUAAUAAGUGAGCUUCAGAUGUGCUGGUAGGUGGAUGUUGUUACCUUUGGACAGAGCCAGGCUAGCAGUUUCCCCUGUUUCCAGUCAGUUUCUGCUGGGCUAAGCUAACCCGCUGCUGGCUGUAGCUUCAUAUUUACCAGAAAGAUUUUUGGUUUUCAUCUAACCCUCUGCAAGAAAGCGAAUAAGCGUAUUUCCCUAAAUGUUGAACUACUCCUUUAAGUCCGGUUUGAACUACAGACAGACAUGAAGCAAAAUCACAGCAGAUCUGGAAACCUCACUGAGCGUCCACAGUGCUGCUCAGUGUCCUGAGCUUCAAUGACUCGUUGCUUGCAUUGUCUCUGCAGUUAUUUAAACUCAGACUCAACCUCCAAAUUUGAAAAGCUAGACUCUUGGCAGUCUUGCUUGAACCUUUGCCUGGCCUUAGCCAUCUGAAAUACAUCAACCUUUAAUUCUGAGGAGCAUUUAAGCACCUUCCUUGCCAUAAAUCCCUCGUAGAUUAUCAGCCAUGAAAGGUUUACACCUGCUUUGUAAAUGACUUUGAAGCCAUAAGUCUGAGACACAGAGUGGUAGAUCCCAACUUUCUGUGCUAUUAAACGUGGAAAUUGUACAUCGCACUUGUUUACAUGAUACUUGGAUGGAACCCAACAGAGUGUUUGUUUACCCAAGUGUCAAUUUCUAACCCAGGGAUGGAUGACCAGCGAAUCCUCUAGAGGGGAACUCAUUUUUACUCCACUAACAGACAUUUGCCCCCCUGAGCCUACAGUCCAUCACAUUGAUAUACGGUGCCUUACCACAGCCGAGCCCAAGUUUAUCUCCCAAAAGUGGACGAAUUGUAUCAUUUAAGAGGUAAUAUAGAUGUAACAGCAUACAACAGCGUUCCUGUUUAAUGUUUUUCUGCCAUAUCUUUGACCAAACCAGAGCCCCAGGAGUUUGGUGUGAAGCUUCAGAGGGAGUACACUGCAGCUGGUGCUUUGCAGUACCUGAAAGGUGCUGCACUUGUCUUUGGGAUGCAUCACUGUACAUAGACAGCAACAUGGGUUAAUAUGCACAGCAUGUAAAUUUAAUCAGGCCAUGUCUUACAGUUAGCGGUCAUGUCUCUUUCCAACCCGCUUAUAAAUGUUUUGUGUUAAGAAAUCUACUCAGAAAGUAUAUAAAUAUAUAGAUAUACUGUAUAAAACUUGUUUAUCUUUUUUUGUGUAAUCUCCUUUUAUUUUCCUGUAACACCAAUAGAAUUUUAAGAUUAAUUUCUAUUUUUGUAACGGCCAGAUAUUUAGAUGUCUGCUAUUUUGAGUUCUCUGAUUUAACGUUUUAUCUGUGCAUGUUGAUUUUCUCUUCUGUGUUUGGGAGGCGUCGGCCAUUUUGGGGAAUCAAAGCCUUAUGGGGAGAGAUCUAAAUCUAUGUUUUAUAUGUCAAGUGUUUUGAUAUAGUGUUGAUAUUGUAAAUGCAGAUGUUGUGAUGGAACGUUUGCACUUAAAAACUUUGGGGUUCCUGUAGUAUUGGAUUCUGUCGCUUUUCUAUGACUCAGAUUUCUUCUUUGAUGACAUGUUGUUGAUGUUUGCUUACUGAGAAAUGUAUAUUUUCCCAAAGGGAGGAUAAAAUUAUGCACUUCGUAUUUUAUACGGCAAAACAGAGUUCAGUCUAAUCUUUUACAGUAUAUAUAUAUCAAAUGAUUUACAAUGAUUUGUAAUUAGGCACUACCACACAAUAUUUAUUUAUUUGAAUUUAUAGUAGAGCCCAAUAGAAUUGGUAGCUUACAUGGCAUUUUUGCAUUAACUUUGAUAAAAACUAUACAAUAGCUGGAUAGUGACCCCAAAGCCCUAAAGCCCAUGUAAAAAUGUCCUCCUGUUAGUUUGCAUAAUUCUUCAUUUCUGUCUUCUGAAUAUGUUUCUCCUUGAACUUACCUUGAAAUGUAAAAUCUCCUUUUAAAAGAAAAGACUCACAGUUCUUGCUUUGUUCUGUCCAGUUCUCUAUUUGUUUGAGGCUUUUUCAAAUGUUUACAAGCUACUUGUCUUAAGUGGCGUAUCUAUGUGUGAGAGGAUGUAGAGGAAGUGCUCCUAACGGAAGAGUUAGGUGAGACCAAUAAUAAAAGAUCUCUAACUAACCACA